AUGAAGAGACAAGAAGCAACGGAAGUAAUGAAAAUUUCGGAGAAUGAUGAUGAUCAUCAUGAACAAGCACUACGACCACACAAGCAUACUUUAAGCAAAAACAAUGCAAGUAAAAUUAGAAAAAUAGAGAAACAAUUUUCCAGGAUGGAAUAUUCUGAAAAUUAUGUAUCAACAAGCCUUGUGCGAAUAGAACUCGUUGAAGAUCUGGAAACCACAAGAAAUGAUUUAUUGAUGCAAUUAUUCAAACAGAAAAUGAGCAAACACAUCUCCAAGUAUUUCCGAAAGUCCUUUUCAACUAAUUUUGAUUAUAUGGGUUCAUUAUUCACCGUGGUAAAUGGCUCUCCUUCUGGUUCAUCAUUUAAAAAAGAAGAUCAUCAUUCAAUCUCCAACGUUCGUCCUUGUAAUAUCACAAUAUCAUAUCAAUGCCAUUGUAUUCUCGUGAGUGAUUGUAGUGCAACAAAGCAAAUUCUUGUAUUUGAUUUGGAUUCAAAACUCUUAAAGAAUUAUAUAACAACACCAGGAGCAUAUCCGAUGAAUUUAUGUUUGGAUGAAGAAGAUUUUCUGGAUCACAGUGACCGGGAUGAUACUAAAAAGUUGCAUGGUUCUAAUUAUUCACAUGUAAUGUUUGAUUGUAAUGAUGAAGAUAAUCCAGAGUUCAAUGAAAAAUUAGUAUUUAAAUAUGACUUGAAAUUGGUUUUACGAAACAAAGGUUGUCAACAUACACAAGAAGUAGUAAAUUCAUGGAUCAUUUGGAAGAGUGACGUUGUGAAUCAUCCAAGAGCAAUGACAUUGCAAAAAAAAUUUCUUUCAAAUUCACAACAUUCUGAAAACAGCCUCUUUAUUUGUGACUCUGGAGAUUGUUCAAUCAAACAAUUGAAUGCAACAACAGGAGAGUAUAUUCAAAGAUUUAACAUGAAUGGUGAAAUACAGAUCCCAAGUGGAAUUGCAUCCUUGAAUGCUCUAUUAAUGGUUACAAGAGGCUAUCCACAUCAUGACGUUGUCAUUUUGAGAGAAAAUACCAAGAAUGGAGAAUAUACAAAAUUUCAAUCGUUUGAAUUAGAACCCUAUAGAACAGAACAUUUGAGUCCAUGUGUGGUAAUUUAUGAUCAAAUUUCAAAGAACAUCAUUGCAGGAAGUUGUAGCCGUCAUCAUCGAAACCAUACACAUGACAGCAGUAGAGGAGUGGUUCAAGUAUUCGCAAAGAGAGGAAAAGAAUUAAUGAGGUCAUUUUCAGGAAAUAACAGUAUUCGACUGACAGAUUUGUAUGGAAUGUGUUUGAAUGAGUGGAGUGGUGAGCUCUAUAUCUGUGACUCGAGUGGUGUCCAUAUUUUUCAAUGA